CCUCCCUGGGCGCUGGUGCCGGUGAGGAGCCGGUGGCCGAGGGAGCGCCAUGGCCUUGUUGCGGAGGCUGAGGGAGGAAGAAGGAGGCGGAAGCGGGCGCCCUGAAGAGGAGGAGGAGGAAGGAGGACCCCCCGGAGGCCCGGGAAUGCUGCAGCCGCCUCCCCCUCCGGCUCCCCCUCCGCUGCUGCCCUGGGACCGCUUCUCGGCCUGGCUCCACUGCGUCUGCGUGGUGGGCUUCGACCUGGAGCUGGGGCAGGCGGUGGAGGUAAUAUACCCUCAACAUGCAAAACUUACAGAUAAAGAGAAAACCAAUAUUUGCUAUUUGUCUUUCCCAGAUUCUAAUUCAGGUUGCCUUGGAGACACACAGUUUUGUUUUAGAUUUCGGCAGUCUUCUAACAGAAAGCUUUCAUGGCAUUGUCUGCUGGACCAGUUUGACAGAGACCUACCCAUUUACUUAAAGAGGGAUCCUGCAUAUUAUUAUGGCUAUGUGUAUUUCAGACAAGUACAAGACAAAACGUUGAAAAGAGGCUACUUCCAGAAGUCCUUGGUUCUGAUCAGCAAGCUGCCUUAUAUCCACUUCUUUCACACUGUGCUUGGACAAAUUGCACCUGAAUAUUUUGACAAGAAUGACCCUUACUUGGAAGCAGCUUGCAAUGAUGUUGAUCGAUGGCCACCGCCUGUCCCAGGGAAAACUCUACAUUUGCCUAUUAUGGGAAUUGUAAUAAAGGUACGGAUUCCUACCUGUCAUGACAAGCCUGGAACAACCCAAGUAUUACAAUCCACAUACCAGGAAGAUACACAAAUCUCCAUUUCUUUGCCUACAGUACAUGAAAUAGAUCUCUUCAGAUGUUUCCUGCCAGUGUUCUUCCACAUCCAGAUGCUGUGGGAGCUUGUGUUGUUAGGGGAACCGCUUGUUGUCAUGGCACCAUCUCCAUCAGAGUCUUCAGAAACUGUGUUGGCACUUGUAAGUUGUAUUUCACCACUAAAAUACUACAGUGAUUUUAGACCUUAUUUUACAAUACAUGACAGUGAAUUCAAAGAAUAUACCACUCGUACACAGACUCCGCCUUCUGUCAUACUAGGAGUGACAAAUCCAUUUUUUGCUAAAACACUACAACAUUGGCCACACAUCAUCCGAAUAGGAGACAUUAAACUAUCAGGUGAAGUCCCAAAGCCGGUGAAAGUGAAAAAGCUGAAGAAUCUAAAGACAUUGGAUUCUAAACCUGGCGUCUAUACAUCUUAUAAGCCAUACUUGAACAGAGAUGAAGAAAUCAUAAAACAGUUGCAAAAGGGAGUAUAUCAAAAGCGUCCUGCAGAAGCCCAAAGCAUAAUCCUUCGACGUUAUUUCUUGGAACUGACCCAGAGCUUUAUCAUUCCACUAGAACGAUAUGUAGCAAGUUUGAUGCCUCUGCAAAAGAGCAUAUCACCUUGGAAGAGUCCACCACAGCUGAAACCAUUUAACCAAGAGGAAUUUAUGAAAACACUUGAGAAAACAGGACCUCAGCUUACCUCUAGAUUAAAAGGAGAUUGGAUAGGACUGUACCGGCAUUUUUUGAAAUCUUCCAACUUUGAUGGUUGGUUCAGGACACGACGGAAAGAAAUGACACAGAAACUGGAGGCACUUCAUUUAGAAGUAUUGUGCAAUGAGGAUUUGCUUUUCUGGAGUCAGAAACAUACUGAGGUUGAAACAGUGGACCUAGUCUUAAAAUUAAAGGAUAAAUUGGCUGAUGGAGAGAACUUACCAGUGAAGCCUGGCACUAUGGAAAAGUUACAGAGGCACAUUGAUUCAAUUAUACUUGCACAGCCAGAAGAUUUACAGGGUAUUUUGACCAAAACUGGCUCAACAUGACUGGAUUUUUAAGAAGCCAGAUGCAUUGUAUCAAACCUCUCAAAUGUAUAAAGGAGAUGUUCAGAGAAUCAGUGGAUGUAAAAAAAUUACUGUAAUGGAAGCAAACCAUGUUAAUAAUUAUUUUAAAGCAGUCCUUAACUUCAGCUUGACUAUAGAAGGAACUAAACUAUUUUUGUUUGUCAAUUAUGUUAAAAACUAAGUGCUCUUAUUGUAAUAUCUGCAUGCAUCUUGUACUUUUACAUGCAGGCCUGUAACAUGAUACAGGUAUUGCAGAGCUUAGUAAACUGGUGGUGCUCUGCCCAAUUCUGUUAAACUCAGGGGAAUCAAGACUCCUAUUGUUUUCAAAGACUAUCCCACUUAAAGUAAUUGCUAAUAGCUUUCCAGUGCAAACCUUUAUUUUAUCUGUUAUGAAGAUCUCAAAAGCCAGUCUACUAGUGUUGCAGUUGAGUUUUGAUACCACAGAACUAAUUGCCAAAUCACAGUUUAGUAGUCUGGGACACAAUUGUGUGGGCUUCCAUAUUCUUCACUCUUUUCCUCUUGCUGUCUUGGAUCUCAGCACUAGCUAUAAUCUGGUAUGGUAUGUCAACGGAGGAAAUAAUUGCUGCUAGCCAUUUUUCUCCAUAUCAUUGGCUGAAACCUGGAUCUAAAACUUAGUAACCAUAGUUUUCCAGAUUCAGACCUCACAGCAGGCUACUAUUAUCUUAGCUGGUAGGGUUGGAUUGUGAUACGUGUACACAAAGGAGUAGGAGGAGGUGUGGGUGCCUGUGAAGCUGCUCUUGAUGAUGCCUCAGUGAGGUGAGUGGCUUGAAAUUUUCAAUGUACAAUAGAGCCAUUAUUUCUUUUGGUCACAAAUUUAUUUCUAGAUGAGCUUAUGUAUCAAGUAUUUACUAUCUUCUAUGCUUUUUUUUUUAAUUGAGAAUCUGUGUGUUCCCAUACUAGUUGGGAAAGCACAUUCUUUGGGAUGGUGGGGUACCCUAACAUGCAGACCUUUUAAAAAGUUUAGAAUCAUAUUAAGUGGGGGUUUCUCAUCAAAUGUCUUAAGCUCACAUUAUCAUGGUAAAUCUAACUUUAAAUAGCAGUACUAAAACUAAAAUGUCAGACAUUCAUGAAGUGACAUUUUCGAUAUAGUAAGCUUCCUCCCCAAAUGUCUUCAUGCAGCUGCCUCUCUUCCUCUCUUUUAUGCUUCCUUGAAAGUUACCUUCUCUAAGGAGCAUUUGGAUCCUUGUACCUUAUUUCACAUUUAAUUGAAGUAACAAGAUAUUCUUUCCAUGUUUUACCAUUACUCCAUUUCCCCUCUUCCUCUAAUUCUGUGUGUCUGUUAUAGACUGCAAGUCCUUUAGAACAAUGUUAUUCAAAGUGCUCAUCCCUGGUGCUUGUGCUUGUUCCUGAGCCACUGGCUGCUGGUUCCUAGGGAGCUGCCAAAAAGCAGUUGUAGGCACAGAUAUGGUGCCAGUGCCUGGCACAGAAGGGGGAGGGAUUGCUUGUCUCCCAGACCAGAUAGUGUGAGAAUCACUGCUUUAGAAUAGGGAUUUUUCAUACUCAUUCUUUGUAUAGAGCCAUGCGCAGUGAUGGCACUAUAGAAAUAAACACAGCGUGGACUAAUCAGAUUUACUAACACGAUUCCUGUGAGCAGAACAGACUGCUGCACUGAAGCAUUCAUUUGGCAUAAGGGAGUAGAAGAGAGUGUGGGUGGUCUCAUAUGAUAUCACUAGUAAAGAUUUAAGGUGGGAUGACUCAAGGGCAGUUUGCUGUUAUGUGAAGGUUUUUAUUAUUAUUGGGCCACCCAUCUGCCUUGCAUGCUAAAUAUCAAACAUGUUUAUUCCACUAUUUUGUGGCUGACCUUAAGAGCAGGGGAUACACAGAAACAUUAUUUUUGAAGUAUAGUUCAAGAAGGAAGAGGCUUACAUUUCUACAGACAGGACUUUUGCAAAUCCCAGCUAAGGUGGCAGCCAGAGGAAAACUGCCGUAGACAAUUUUUUGGUGAAGGAAGUCAGGCAUUGGGAAAGGCUGCUCAGAGCUGGCAGAUUUUGCCUGUCUUCCCAAGUUACUGCUGUGAAGUCCAGGGGAAAGUGCAGCUAUUACCAUAGAGCACCCAAAGGAGUCCAGUCAAUGUGUGUAUUUUCAAUUAUGCAUAAUCAGCCAUUUCUCAUUGGUAAUAAAUUACUGUUGCUACAUCUGAAACUUUAGAACACAAACAUAAGAAUUUUAUAGCUCUAUAGGAAAUAGGAUUUGAAAGAAUCAUUUCAAGAAUACCAGUUUUACUGUGUACCAAGCUUGUGUACAUCACUGUUAAGAAUGUGAAUGCAAGAACAUGGUCAGGAUUUCACUGUGUUCAUUAACAGCAGAUGUUUUAUUCAUUUGAUGAGAGACAUGUAUUGCAGGCUUGUUGUGAAAAAAAUGCCUUUGUUCAAUAUUUUGUAUCAUUAUUUGGAGUCCUUAAUUUUAGCUAUAAACUGCCAUUUGUAUUUUUAAGAUGUAUUUUUAAUAUUCACUUACAUGAACUCCAGAUAAGAAGCUGAACUUGAAUGCUAUAAAAGCUGACUUCUGCAAUUAUGCCACUAUUGCAUUAAUAUGUAACACACAUAGUUUUGCACAGCUGAUAAGUAGCAUUUUAAAAAUAUGGUCACUAAAUCUUCAUUAACUGAAGCAUUACAUAGUACAUUUGAACUAGCUACAUUAGCUUAUUUUUAAAAAUGUAUUUUUUUAAAGGAAAUAAAUUCACUUUUACAGAAA